GUUUCCAUAAGAAUGGUUGGGCCCCGCCCCACCAAGCAGUGCAACCAGUGCAGCCUCCGGAGCACCGCGACGACGACCAGGACUGCGCGUCCGCCGGGAAGUGCGACGAAAGUGAAUAGCAGUGCGAUCAGUGAACAGUGUGUCCGCGAGCUGUGCGACGGCGUCCACGGAUACAAUGGAUACAGUGCACCUCCUCAUCGCGGUGCUCCUGGCCGCCAGGAGCGCGGCCGCCUUCCAGAACUACGCGGACGUUGCCUGCGGCUACCAGUGGGGCCGCGUGUCGGGCAGGGUGUCCAGGGCCCGGGCGGCCACCAGGAUCGUCGGCGGCAGCACCGCCCUACGCGGCGAGUUCCCCUGGCUCGUCUCCAUCACCAGGGGCGGCGGCCACUUCUGCGGCGGCAGCCUCGUCAGCAAGCGCUGGGUGCUCACGGCGGCGCACUGCCUGUGCAGCGGCAGCAGCGAGCCCCUGCGCCCCGAGCAGGUCCGCGUGUCCGUGGGCCAGCACGACCUGCGCGAGCGCGAGGCGAGCACGGUGGGCGUCGCCAGGCUGCUGAUGCACCCGGGCUACGAGUGCUCGCACUUCGUCCACGACGUGGCCCUCAUGAAGCUGUCCGAGGACGUGCAGUGGGGCGACACGGCCUGGCCGGCCUGCCUGCCGUCCGCCACCGGCACCAAGGACCACUCCAGCUUCUCGGACCGCGAGGCCACGGCGGCGGGCUGGGGCUGGACCAACGAGAACUCCAACAAGGGCGGCCGCGCCGACGUCCUGCAGAAGGUGCAGCUGCGCGUGCUGGACAACGGCCAGUGCCGCGACUGGUACAAGUCCCAGGGCAAGAAGACCAAGAUCCGCGACACGCAGAUCUGCGCCGGCUUCGAGUCCGGCGGCCGCGACUCCUGCUGGGCGGACAGCGGCGGGCCCCUCAUGGUGUCGGACGCGACGGACGGCGGCCGCGUCACCGUGGUGGGCGUCGUGUCCACGGGCAUCGGCUGCGCGCGCCCCAAGCUGCCCGGCCUCUACACGCGCCUCAGCGACUACGUGCCCUGGAUCGAGGACCAGAUCCGGGACUCCGCCCACUAGUGCCUCGGACUAGCCCUUCGGUCCGCCCUCGCUCAUCGCAACCCAUCUAGUCCGACUAGUCACUUUGUUUUUCUACUUUUGGA